AUGCUGCGCACGAAAAGUAUUCGGAGCGCCUCGUCGCAGCUCAAGUUCUACCCCGGCAGCUUCGCGCAGCCCCGCCGUGGUAUAGUGACCGAGGCCGAUGUUGAAAAGGCACGCGCCUACUGUGUUAACCAGCUCAGACACGGCGACUACGAAGCCUACCUAAUCCGCCGCUUCCUCCCUCCCUCAGCCCAAGACGCAUACGAUGCCUUCCGGACGCUCAAUCUCGAGCUCGCCCGGCUGCCGGAGACGGUAUCCAACCCGCUGAUAGGCCAGAUGCGCAUGCAGUUCUGGCGCGACUCGAUCAACAGCACAUUCGCUGGCAACCCGCCGCGGGAACCAAUCUCCAUACUCCUGCACAAGGUCAUCAGCGACCUGGGCCGCCGGGGAUCUCCGUCGUCGAUCAAGUUCUGGCUGUUGAGGUUGCUGAGCACGCGCGAGCAGUACAUGGACAACCGCCCAUUCACCAGCCUCGCCGCCCUCGAGGACUACGGAGAGAACACGUAUGCGACGCUCAUGUACGCCACCCUGGCCGCCACGGGCCUGCGCUCGCUGCACGUCGACCAUCUGGCUAGCCACAUCGGGAAAGCCUGCGGCAUCACCGCCAUCCUCCGCGGUGUCCCUGUUCUGGCGGCACCGAGGCCAUCGGUUCAGUCACCCCUGGGAGAGAAUGCCAGCAGCAGCGGCCCGGCGAUCCUGCUGCCGCUGGAUGUCAUGGCCAAGGCCGGAGUCCGGGAGGAGGAUGUCUUUCGUCGUGGGCCCGAGGCUCCUGGUCUGCAGGACGCCAUUUUCGAGGUGGCAACCCGGGCCAACGAUCAUCUAAUCACUGCCCGGGAGAUGCUCAGGAACCUCAAAGCUGGCCAGAGCCCGGGCCAUGAUUUCGAGCACGAGGGGGAAAGUGAGCACGUCUACGAUGCAAAGGAUGCCAGUGCAGAAAGGACACAGCUCGAGAUCAAGCGUGGGUUCGGGACCUUGUUGGAGGCUAUCCCGGCCGUUGACUUCUUACAGCGCCUGGAGAAUGCCAACUUUGAUCCAUUCAGGGUCAAGUCGAGCUGGAAGCUGCCUUGGAGUUUAUGGAGAGCAGCACAAAAGCAGCAGAUAUAA